AUGGAUUAUUAUCAUCGGAAAAAAUUCGUAUGUGAAAUCACUGGGAACUCAUGUUUGACGUUUUUCCAGGCAACAGAGAGUGAAGCCAAAGAAAUACAGGAGGUAGAAAAGAAUUUCCCUGAGGCUUUGAAAGAGCACAUAUUGAGGUUUUUGCAGUUCAACCGUAUUACGCGGUUGGAUCAGUUGGUAGACAAGGUUUACCUGGUAUUCAAGAACGAUUAUUUUCCUGGAGAGACGAUAAUCUUGAAAGGGUCGAUACUUAAUGGACAAGCAGAAUCGGGAACAAGGCAACGGGGUACCAUCAAGGAAAAGAUCCAAUACAGCAACCCAUCUGAUGGGUUAUUGACGAAAUAUCUUGUUGUCCGAGCAAACGACCAAAAGCAAGCGAUAGUCAUAAACGAAAAAAUCUCGCGGGACAGAAACCACUUCACGAAAUGGCUUAUUAAAGCAUUUAUCAAAUUAACAAUGACCAGAUCUCACAAAGUGGGUGCUCCGUGGGUGGUGAAAAAUAAGUUUGCUAAGAAAUACAGAAUCAAUCAAAAAUAUCCGGAUGAUUUAGUGCAUUUCCAAUCCUCUACUCCAAGUGGUGAUAUUAUCUAUGAAGGCGAUGAGUUACCUUCUGCGGUAGCGGAUGCUCCUAAUGGAUACCGUAAAUUGAUCAAGAAAUCUGCGGCUCCUUCGUCUAAGAAUUUAAAGAAGAAGGCUGCUUUGAAUAGCAUAUUAGAUGAACCACCACCAGUAACAGCCCAGGAAGACGAUAUAAAGAGGAGACUUCCGCCUCAUCAUAUGCCUGAUAUUUUGUCAGAGGCCGACGAAGAAAUAAACAAAUCGAGUCCUCAACCGGCGUACCCAACGUCUAAGAAACUGACGGUCAGCGAUUUAAAUCUUAAAUUUAAUUUACAAUAUUCGAAACCUAUUCCCGAAGUGCUAAAUGUCCCAGAAAAUGCUAAGAGCUGGAAUGGGCAUUUGAUCCAAAAGCACAAAGAAGAACAGAAGACUGAUGAAAGAUUAGACCCAGAAUUAGGACUGGAGAUUAAGCGCCUUGGAAUCAGAAGCGUAAAAUCAAUACAGGAUGCGUUGGAAUCCUGGGUCUUUUUAAACGUGUAUCAUACGGUUUUAAAAUUCGACACAUUCACAUUUGAUGAUUUUAUAUACGCUAUGGGUUGGACUCAUGACCAAUUUGAGAAGAUUGGUAGAUGCGAACUAUUGGACGAAAUAUGGUGUGCUGUUCUUGGUGCAAUAGUAUCAAAUGAAGCACCUAAAAACAAGUCCUUGAAAUUGGAUAGCGAUGUCAUAUAUGGGUUACAAAUAACGUUACCCCCGGAAAAUUCGUAUAUUAACUCUCCUUCAAAGGAUGAUAACGAUGUUGGUAUUGAAGAAAGAGGUUCUGAUUCCGACAACGAAGAAAAUAUUUUGAAAAGUGAAGAUGAAGCUGAUAAUGAUGAGAGUCAUGAAUCGUUGGAAAUGACUAAUGGCAACAAAGAUGACGCCAAAAUUAAAACCGAACAAGGAGUAAAACUCGAUGAUGAGAAUGAUGGCGAUGAUGAAGAAGAAGAAGAAGAAGAAGAUAAUGAUGAAAAUAAUGAAAAUGGGGAUAGUCUAAACGAAGAUGAUGAUCGUGAACACAAUGCAUAUAUUGUGAUGAAUUACCGUAAUAUUCCAUGGCACGAGCGUCUUCGUAAAAGAAAUUUCAGAGACGGAAAUUGGCAGUGUAUUUUACUUGGUGUGUUAUCGUUAGUUGAGUACGUUCCUGCUUUCAAGCCGAUUAUUAAUAAGGUGUACCGCAUAUUGGCGCCGGUUGAUAUGCCAGCAACUACUAGUACUGUAAUGAAUCAAUUUUACGAUGAUUUAGAUAUUGAUUUGAGAUUGCAAGUUUUGAACAUACUUGUCUCGUUACUUAUGAAUGGCACACAAGUUAGAAAUUACAUUGAUGAAUGCUUGGAUUCAUCUACUGUUUUAAGACGUAAUAGGUUAGACAAUAUAAGAGACUAUAAGGUUGCGUACGAUUUGGCGCAAAAGUUACAUGUUGAAAUUCAUGAGAAGUUAACAGAUGCUAAAGAAGCAACGGAAAAUGCUAAGUCUAAGUCCAAAUCCAAGUCUAAGAAUAAGCUGAAGGGAAAAGAUUCUCAAUCUACUCCUAACCCUGAUUCAAAUAAAAGAAGAAUGCCAAGACUUAACUUACAAGCAUUUGAAAUGUCUGAACAGGAGAGUAAAUUAGCUGAAAGUGAUAAAGGAUUUAAAGAUUUAUGUGACCAAAGAAAGGAAACAUUGCUCAGCAUUGAAAAAUAUAAACAAGCAAAGCGCCAACUUGAAAAGCAGUUAAAUGAAAUAGAUUGUCAAAGAGUCAAGUUAUUAGGGAAGGAUCGUUUAUAUAAUAGAUAUUGGUGGUUUGAAAACAACGGUCUUCCAACCUUGCACAGUAAUACGAAUGAUGUCGAUGACAAUGAUGAUGAUGACAAUGCAGCUCCAAAUAUGAAUAAUGAUGAAGACGAUGAGAUUGUUGAAGACGAAAAUGCUGUUUUGGAUGAAACUUAUCUAAUGGGGAAAUUAUGGGUUCAAGGGCCUUCAGAUGAUGACUUGAGAAUACAUUUUGGGUCAAGCUUAGAAGAUGUUGAUAAAUACCAUAAUUUGUACUUGAAUUAUGAACAAGAGUUGGAAAAGUUUUAUAAAUGCAAUAAUGAUCAAGGUGAAUCUGGUGAAGAUUCCAAACAGAGUAUUAAAGAGCCAUUCAAGCAAAUGGAUUUCAAUAAAUUACCUCUUGGUUUCCGUAGUAUGAGUUCGGAAAUGUUUGGCUUAUCAUUUGAGUCUAACCAGGUUACAAGGACUUUGGAAGACUCGAUUGAAAAAGAUAUAGUUAUCGACCACUUGGGAGGUUUAAGUGUUACAUCAUUAACUAAUUACUUAACUCCAUUACAGCGUAAGAUCCUAGAAGAAAAUCCAGAUCCGUUAUUUAGUGGAUCUUAUUGGAGGUUCUAUGACAAACCAGAACAGGUAACAAAAUUGAUUGAAUGGUUAAAUCCUUGGGGUGAGCGUGAAUCUCUGUUACGUAAAGAGUUAUUAAUCGUUAAAGAAGCUAUUGUUCAAAGUAUGGCAGCUAGAAGAAAGGCUUUAUCUUUGGAUCAGCAAGAGGCCAAAGAAUUAGAGCUAGAAAAUAAUAUCCGUCAAAUCACUGAAAAGCUUAAAUCUUUAGGAAAAGAUGUGAACUCUUUAUCUAACCUAAACGAAGAAGGCGUCGGAAAAGAUGAUACAGAAGAAAAUGAUGACGAAAAUGAUGAGGAUGAAGAUGAACUAAGAUUAGGACGUAACAAGCGUUUACGGAACCAACCUCUUCCAACAAAGAGACAAAAAACUAAAUCUUUCUCUGAUGUAAUAGGUAGCGACAAUGUGAAUGACUUAUCCAAAGUAUACACGGACUUGUUGAAUGAAUUACAAGAAUCCAAAGAGGAAAAAGAAUUAUCUCGAGUGUUAGAGUGGGUUAAUUCCAAGGCCAUUGAUAAAUUUGAUAGGUCACUUUAUGAAGGAGGCGAUAGGUCUAAAACUAAAACUAAAUCGAACAAAUAA